ACAGUUGCUAGACAUCAGGUUAAAAUUUUCGUUUCGGUUUUCAAGCGAAAAUAUAAUAUGAGAAGCGGAAUAGGUAGUUCUUCUCGACUUCUGUGGCGAUGGGCUGGCUUUUUCGCCGUGCAACUGGUUUCAAAAUGGUAACUGUGGUAAUUUUUGGUUUCGCCUUCGAGAAUAACGGUAGGAUGCAGUGCGAUGAGUUGACCCGUCAAUUCGACAGUAACCGGACACUGAUCAUUAUCACGGACGCUGCUGAUUCUGUGUUUAUCGGAUUAUCAUCGACUCAUGGUUGGAUACUGCUCCGUUCCGCUGUACACUCCUAUUUUGAAACUCGUAGACACUGCACACCAACGGCCAAACUCCGUUGAACUGAUCCACAGGUAAAUCAACGGAUUUAUCUAACUGAAAGAGCUGCUUCUUUCAAUACGACGCAUGGUAUGUGAGGGAAGUCAUACCGG